AUGCAAUUUAUCUCUCUGCUUUUUCUAUUUUCCAUAACAUAUUCAGUGGUUAGUUCUACAGUUUCUUAUUGACUUCAAUAAUUUAAUUGAUCUGGUUAAGGUAUCUGGGCAAUUUUAUUGUGCUGAUUUACUGCAACAAUGUGCCAAAUCAGCUGCUGAUAUAACUGAACAAAUUUUGCAAUUCAAAGAAGCUGCUUUUAAGCAAUGUGUUAGACGACCAUCUUGUCAUACUGAAAAAAAGAUAUUUGAUGAAUGUUAUGAUUCAUCAGUUUCUGCAACACAUUCAUCUUCAUUAUCAUCACCAACAAAUGAUGGAGAUACAACAUCAAAAGUAGUCGAAGAUACUUUGGAAAAAUUCUUUACUGAAAAAGCUGUAAAAUAUCGAUCAUCUCUUGAUCAAUGUUUUGUAAAAUCACCUUUUGUUCCAAAACGUAACUUUUUCGGACCAACACUUCUUGAUGAAGAUGCUAGUUAUGCGCGAGCUAUAUAUCAAUUUGAUUUGGCUGAUAGAUUGUGGGGUCUUCCAGAAUUGACAAUUACUCGCCCAAGUUUAGACACUCUUGGUGUAUGUGGACAUAAGGUUUGGUAUAUUUGGACAGAAUGAAUAUUCAUAACUUUACUUCAGAAUCCAGCACUCCGUCUAUUUGGAAGUGGAAUCAAUCGAAUGGCUAGAACUUCAGAUCCUAAAACGUAUGCUACAUAAAUGUAAAUUUCAGAUUCAAUUAAAAAACUUUCAGUAACAAUAUCACUGGCUCUUGUAUGCUUGAUGAAGAUGAACUCAAGUGUUAUCGUGAAGCUUUAGACUUGAAUUCUCAAUAUGUCCAACUUGUCUAUAAUCGAGAUUAUGCUAUUAGAAAUUGUGUUCAAACGUGAGUAAUUUCCUAUUCACAUUUUAAAAAUAAAUUCACAAAGUUUUAAUUUUGUUACAGAAUUCGAACUCAAUCAGUUUGUCGAUUGCGUGAUAAAUCAAGACUUCGUUCAUGUUUAUGUGGAGUUAGAGAACAAUACGAUAAUGAUAUUCAAUCAUCAAUUUUGCAGUGUGUAAAAUCAAAAGGUUCACAUGCACCAUCAAUGGUGAUUGAGAUGAGCAGUAGUUUAGAUGCUGCUUCAUCAGAAACCAUUCAGGAACAAGUUGCUCCAGCUAGAAUAGUUUUUGAUACUCCUGGAGCUGUUAUAAAUGGUCAAUGUAUGUGCUCAUGUAAUGCAGCUGCAAAUUCUCGAAAAUCGGCACUUUCCGAGGAUGAAACAACUACACCUAUAGAAACACUUACUGUAUUGAAAAAAGAUGAAGAACCACCAAAAUCACCAGUUCUAAAGUUCAAAGAGGUGAAAUUUUAUAGUGUUGAGAAACUUGAUUCUAUUUCGAAAUCCAGACACUUUUCAGAAUUCUCCGCGUUUAAUGCAACCACGAGAAGCAAUGGGCAGAGUAUUUUGGUCAAAGGAUAACCUAACAUUUAUUUGA